UGGCUGGUGCAACUGAAUUCAAAACUCAAUAUAAGAGAAAGCACUUCUUCAUGCAGGCAGCCUAUGGAACUCCCUCCCACAGGAUGCCGGGAUGGCCACUAACUUGGACGGCUUUAAAAGAGGAUUAGACAGAUUCGUGGAGGAAGAGAUGGCUAUGGAUGGCAACUAGCCAGGAUGGCUCCACGGACAGAAGCAGUGAUGUUCCUGGAAACCUGUUUCUGCAAUCAUAGAAUCGUAGAGUUGGAAGAGACCACAAGGGCCAUCCAGUCCAACCCCCUGCCGAGAAGGAAACACCAUCAAAGCAUUCUUGACAUAUGUCUGCCAAGCCUCUCCUUAAAGACCUCCAAAGAAGGAGACUCCACCACACUCCUUGGUAGCAAAUUCCACUGCCGAACAGCUCUUACUGUCAGGAAGUUCUUCCUAAUGUUUAGGUGGAAUCUUCUUUCUUGUAAAUCCCAGUGGGGAAAUCCCAGUGGGGUAGAGAUCUCUUGGGCUUAGAUGUUUGCAGGGUUCUCUGUGGCCCCUAUGAGAACAGGAUGCUGGACUAGAUGGGCUAUUGACCAGAUCCAGCCAUUCUUGAAUUGCUGCUGAAUUAUUGCAAAGAGGUGGACAGUUCACUCCGCUGCUAGACAUUUCUCCUCUUCCUCACUUGUUGACCACCGCUGCCCCCAAAGAGCGGGGCUGGGCUUAGGGGCAUAUUUCUCCCCGGUUUUCUAAGAUCCUCGGGGGAGAGAGAAAAGGCUGUCAUCCUAUGCCCCUUGCAACCAAAACACGCAUUUCCUUGGCUGAUCUUUCGCAUGGUAGGUGUCACCCUUAGGUGACGAGGGCACCCUUGGCGGUUGUCACGUGCUGCUCCGGGAGCCGAGCCAAAGAGGUUCCUGGAAUUAAGACCUCGGCAAAGUGACUCCUCGGAACUGAGAAUGCUACCUGUGCUGUGCCAGGAUGCGUCAGCUCUCAAAUCAGCCGUGUGCCGUCCCCAGGGAGACGGGAAAUGAGCUUGGCAAGGAGACGUCAGCAGGCAUCACCCAGGGAAGCGAUCGCUAGGCUAUAGAGCAAACUCCCGGCUGCGUCUUGAGUGCUUGCAGAGGCUCCAAGACCUCCACCCACGUUGAUGCGCAGUGUCAGGAGGUGACCUUUGAGGAUGUCGCCAUCAGCUUUUCCCGCGAGGAGUGGUCCAUGCUGGACGGGUGGCAGAAGGAUCUGCACCAGGAAGUGAUGCUGGAGAAUUUCACGUUGCUUCUUUCCGUGGGCCGUUCCGUUCCUCUGGUGGAGUUGCCGUCCUUCAUCAAUCAGCCAGAAGGAAAUAUUGAGGACCAGAAACUUGGCGGGGCUGGUGGGGGAGACAGAACCAGCGAGGACGCAUCCGAGCUGGAGGGACCCUGGGACCUGGAAGACCUGAAUGAGGAGGGAGAGAGGUGUCUGACCCCAGCUAGCAACCGGGACGGUGAGCACCCCAGCAGCCUCCACCUUUGCGCUCUCAUGAAGCUGGUUGAGGAAAUCCCAGAGUUUCUCUACGGACACACGAAGGCCGCCGGAGACCUCACCCCAGACGCCGUGGAAGCCGAGGUUCCUGCCAAGGAGGCGCCGACCAGCAGUGUUAAAAGAGAAGUUCCGCUGGAGAGCUUGCAACCUUUUGGCCGGCAGGGAGAUAUGGCGGAGCCCCUCACCCUGGGCGUGCCCAGCCAUCCUGGCACACCGGCCAGUUCCACCGAGGGAGACGGGCAGGAUUCCCAAACCCCAGCAGACACAACGGCAGGAGGGUCCCCCGCCCUUGAUGUUGGUACAAAUGAUGGAGGGCGGGAGGGCGGGGCUGUGGGCGGGGCUACCGCUCCUCAAGCCACGCCCACCGACCCUCUGGACGGCCCUGCCGCAGGAGAGACGGAGCCAAACAGAGGAGGCCCCGGAGAACCCCUCCAUGGAGCCUGGCUUGGCGGCCCUUCCCCAAACAACGACGCAGCUUGUUCUUCUUCUCUCUCAGAAACGGCAGCAGAGGAGAAGCCCCUGCAAGGGCUUCUGAAGAGCCUGAAGGAACUGAUCGUACACCAGCCUCCUCACACAUCCCGCAGGAACCCCAGCAGCGGCCGGCAGCCAGCCCUGCGGCAGAAGAUGAGGGAAGGGACCUGUGGGUCUCACCCUGGCCAAGUUAAAACUGAAGCCGUGGAUGAGGAGCUGCCUGCCGCUAGCCUGGAAAACGCUGCUGCACGAGGAGGAUCCAGCCCUCCAGUUGCUCCCUCCUGUCGCGUUUCCACCUGCCAGGCUGAAGGAGGCAGGAGAAGGAGCCGGUCAGAGGCAAAGAACAGGAACAUCUUUGCAGUGGUUAAAGUGGAAGCGAGGAGCAGCAGCCCCUCACUUCAGUACCCGGACAGACCUGAUCAUCCUCUCAGUCCAUGUGGAGCCCCAGGCAAGGAGGGGGCGGCCGAGGAGACCCGAGUCCUGGGCAUCAAAAUUAAAAUGGAAGAACCAUCUGAGGACCUUGUGCGAGACCUGAAGGAAGUCCCCGAGGAGGAGCGAGACCUGGCACCUAGCCUCCCUGAUGGAUCCGUCUCUAACAGCAGCCCAGAGACAGGGAUGGACCUGGGAAUGUGGGUCCCAUAUUCGGAGGCCUGGAGCCCAGUGACCAGCCCUCUCCAUGGGCUCCUGAACUGCUUGAAGGACAUCCCUGACCCCAGGCCUCAGGCCUCCCAAGCCGUGGCUGCAAAAAGAGGAGGAGGACCAAAAGAGCGAAGGAAAGGAGGAAGGAGAGGAAGAUUAGAUCCACGCAGCGAUGUGGCUGCAGCAGAGAGGGCAGAGCAAGGCAACUCCCAGUGCAACACCCCUCCAUCGCUUGCCCUCUGUGACCCUCUUCCAGAGAGUUUUCUCCCUCGAGGGCCGGAGACCUUCCUUGGUGAAUCACCUGCCAAACAGCCUCGCCUGUCCACCAUGUGCACCAGCAGCCACGGGGGUCCAGACACAGAAUGGCGGAAAUCUAAGUUAGGGAUGUCACGACAAGGACUCGGCACCCCCUUGCAAGGCCUGGAGAGGUGUCUGAAGGAGGUCCCCACUGGUGCCCACAGCCAGCCCUGUUCUCCAACCAUCAGCUCCUCCAUUGGCAGCUCCCCAGACAGGCUCCCCCGGCGGACCCCCGCGACCGGGAAGUGGGCGAGGAAGGAGGCAGGGCUCAGUCGGAACGGUACCCCUCUGCAGGGGCUCGAAAGGUGUCUGAAGGAGCUCCCCCUGAGCUCCCCCAGCCAGCCCUCUUCACCAGCUGUCAGCAGCUCCCCAGACAGGUUCCACAGGUGGACCCCAGAGGCAGGGAGGUGGAUGAGGAGGGAGGAAGGACCCAGCCGCAACAGUACCCCCUUGCAAGGCCUGGAGCGGUGCCUGAGGGAGCUGCCCCAGAACCCUCCCAGCCAGCCGUGGUCACCAGCCAUCAGCUCCUCUGUCAGUAGCUCCCCGGACAGGCUGCACAGGUGGACCCCGGAGCCAGGGAGGUGGACCCGGAAGGAGGAAGGAGCUCUUCCCUCAGGGAUCCCACCCCUUCAAGGCCUGGAGAAGUGCUUGAAAGAGAUCCCGCUGGGUGGGGUUUCUUGCCCAAACGCCAUUCCUACGGGAAGCGACUUCUCUGCCCAGAAGCUGAGGACGGCGGAGGCGUCUUUGCAGGGGCUGUGGGACAGAGGCGGCGCCACAAACAGCAUCCAACCACGUCCCACGAGCACCUCUGGAUCCGUGGCAGCAGAGGCCGCAGCGGAAGCUUCCCCCCUCGACCGACUGAUGAGCUGCCUGAAGGAGAUCCCCAUUCAGAGGCCAAGUUACCUCGACACGCCCAGCGUCUCCUCGUCCGCCUCCAGCUGCAGCGAGAGCGAGCGCCAGAGUCCCGGGAGCAGCCUCUGGUGGGACUGCGCUCAAGACACUGGAUCGGAGAUGGAAGGGACUUUGCAGCAGAAGGGGGCGGAGUCCAGGCGGCAGAGUGCGUUGCUCGCUCCAGAGGAGGAAAAGGGGCCUCCUUCUGCCCGAGAACCAGAGCUUGUCACCAUGGGCAGCCGAGUGCCGUCGGCCUCCCCGCUCGGUGGCCUGGAGAGAUGCUUAGGCCACAUCGCCAUGAGCCAGCCCCUCCCCUCCAACAUCCCACCUGGCGAUGCCAAGAAUCCGGGCGACGUGGCACCCAGGGGAUUCCAGCAAAGGAUGGUUGGAUCAUAUCCCACAAAUCCUCCAGCAGAUGACAUCCUCUCCCACGACCCACAGAUUGGUCCAAAAGAUCCAGCGGCAGCUGGUACCCCCAGGCCUUCCAGCACGCCAGCCCAGGACUCCUUCGGUAGGAUGCCUGAGAGAAACGCGGAUCAGGGCCUCCGGGAAAGUCGGGUUCAGCAUCCCCAGGCAGAAGCUGCGAGGAAACGGGCACCAAGCGGCUCCUGCCUCCAAGGCCUGGCGAAUCUCCUGGCGGAAAGGCCCGUCAACUCUCCUGGUCACUUUCAGCCGCUCCCCAGCAAGGCCCAGGGCAGCUCGGAGCAAAGGGAAGUGCAGGCGAGCGUCUCUUCAGCUGAGGAAGAAGGGGCGAGUGAGAGCAGCCCUCUCCAGGGCCUGCUCAGGUGCCUGAAGGAGAUCACUGCCCGGGGCCCCAGUCCGUGCAGCCUGUCAUCCAGCAAUUCCCCGGCCAGAAGCACGCGGGGAGAACCAAGGUGCAAACGUCCCAAGGAAGAGGAGGCGGAGGCCAGGAGGGCAGCCCAGGAAGAGCUUCAAACAGGUCAGAGGAACCGCCUGAAGGAAAGGUCGCUGGGCAGUGACGGUCCGGCCACCACGCCCUUGAGUGACUCUCUCCCACAGAUAGAGGCUGGGGACAGGAGCCCGACCCCCGAGGCUGGCAGGGAGCAUCAAGGAGCCGCCCCCUCAAGCACUCUGGCCCGGGGCAGCUGCCCCAAGAGAAAUGGGCAUUUCUGCCUCUCGAGAGGGAGAUCCGCCGCGCUCAAGUUCGGUGCUCAGAGGCUGAGCAAUUCCAGCUCCCCCAAGAGUGGGGUGAAAAGGUUGCUGGGGGCAGCACAGGGAGGUGAGGACCAAACUCCAGGCACCUCGUCCUACAGCUGCAAACUGCAAGGCGAUGCCGAGUCAGGAAAUCUGCGCAAGAAAAGGUGUCUCAAUGUAGACCCAAAUCCGGCCCUCCGCACCUGGGGGGACGGGAAGCCUCAGGAAUGCCGCCCUGAGGUUGAAGACGGCAUGGGUCCAGCCCUGUCGAAGAAGCUGGACCGCCUUUCUGCGGACAUGAGCGCUGUCUGUAGGGACGUCUCUCGCCUGCAGAGCCACGUGGACCGCUUGGAGCAGGAUGCCCGGGGUUGGGUCCUCGAGCUGGCGGCGCUGCGCAUGGAGAACCACAGCCUGAGCGAGUGUGUGCGGCGCAUGGAGAGGCGCUUCCGCGCUCUGGAGAACCGCUCCCGCCGCAACAACCUGCGCGUCCUCGGCCUGCCGGAGGGGAGCGAAGGCAGUGACACGGUCGCCUUCUUGCAGAAGACUUUGCCUACCCUGCUGGGCCUGCCCCCGGAAGCCCCGCCCCUGGAGAUUGAGAGCGCCCGCCGGGUGCAAGGGGGCACGUCCUGGGACCCCAGCGGCAGGCCCCGACCCUUGGUGCUCCAGCUCCUGCGCUCGGGAGACAGGGCGGCCAUUUUGCAGGCGGCCCGUGGGCGGCCUCUCAGCUAUGCCGGCGCGCAGGUCACCAUCUUGCCGGACUUCUGCUCCUCGCUCUCACAGCGAAGGAGGGUUCCCUUUGGGACGUUCCGGAGGACCCGAUGGCCGGCGGACCUCUGCUUUGGCUCCCGGCACCCCUCCUGCUGCUACGCCUGGGCGCCAGGCCUACGGGAGCCUCUGGCCAGCUCGGGGGCCCUGAGGGGCGAGAGAGAAAGCCGGCUUCCCAGAGGACCGGGGAUGGGGAACUGGGGCACGGAAACGUCACCCGGCCCAGUGCAUUGUGGGGGGUGCCACUCCGCAGGGAGCUGCGAGCAACACAACAACAACCCCUGAUGCGGGAAAGAGGGUUCUUGGCAGAGGGUGGUGACGGUUGGCUUGCUCCUCCUGCCCUUUGCUCUGGGUAGGGCCUGUCCUCAGGCGGCGGGUGCUGCAGGAGCAGGCGGCAAACUAUUGGUGGCCAUGUAUCUUGCCCUUCACCCCUCCAGCUGGUCAGGCUCGGCUGCCAGCCCAGUUGGCUGCUGUGGCCGCCAUUUUGCCUCCGGGGUCCUUCCCCACAUUUCUGCCCCAGCUUCUUUGUCAUUUCUCCGGAGCUGCUUGGCAAAAUCUUUUGGACACCAUUCGAGGGUAGGUCCGCCGUCUUGAGGGUGCCUCGUCAUGGUCUCUCAGGCUGAGAAUGCCCCCCCCCCUUAA